AUGACCAGAGAUGCAUCAUCCACUCCAUCUUCACCACAAUCGCAACAACAUGUCCAACACCAAUCUCCUGCUUCGUUACAAACCCCUGUCAACUCGACCCUGCCCGUCGUAGCAGAGACUCUGAGAAAAGAAGAUGUCUUUGAUCCUGCUCGUCUAUUCGGCGUGACGACUUUGGACGUCGUUCGUGCUUCUACGUUUAUCGCGCAUGCUCUAGGUGAUAAUGUGGACCCCAAUGCGUUCAAAGUACCGGUUGUUGGGGGACAUAGUGGUGCGACUAUCUUGCCGCUUUGUAGUCAGGCAGGGUCGUCUGUUGAGUUGGAUGAGGUGUUGGGGGGAGGGGGGUGUUAUUCAUCGGGCGAUGAAAUUGUUAAAAGUAAACAGGGUGCUGGCAGCGCGACGACGUGCAUCGCGUACGCUGGGUUCCGCUUCGUCGGGGCUGUCCUGGCUGCUAGGAAUGGCGAUUCGGUGACUAAAGAGGCGUACGUCUACCUUCCUGGUAUCCCCGGGGGUAAGGAGAUUGCUGCUGAGCUUGGGGUUGAGUAUGUUUGCUGUGAAGAUUGUGCUGGGUGA